AUGGUCGUGGGCGGGAUAAUUAACUGUCACGUGAUUAGCGUGGGUGUUGGUGUACCAGCCACUCCCCCGAACUAUGGCUGCCUGUAAGUUGAUCCUUUUUUCUUUGCUGGCCGGAUUCGCUGCUUAUGCUGCUUAUAUUUUGAUAAGGUAUAAUACUUUUGGUCGUGUACAUGAACAAUUACCAGGAAAAUGCAGGACAUUCAAAAUGAAUGGAUCGGAGGAUAUUAUAUUCCUACCAAACUAUAAUCACUCAAUUGUGACAAGUGGAGUGCAACUUGAUGUAUCAGUCUUAAAACCUUUUUAUGGAUCAUUGUAUGCAGUUGAUAUGAAUGUUGAUGAUCCGACUCCAAUACCGAUAAAAUUUGAAGAGAAUUACCUUGAAGAGAAUCCAUACUUUAACCCACAUGGAUUAUCUUACUGGAUUGAUAAUGAAAAUGGUGACACUUUAUUAUACAUUGUGUGUCACUGGAUGGACCAUGUAGAUUCAGUGGAUGUGUUUCUGUAUAAUCCGAAUGAGUUUUCAGUUACGUUUUUAAAGAGGGUCUCUCAUCCACUAGUCCAUGAAUUAAAUAACAUUGUUGCUGUAUCCAGACAUGAGUUCUAUGCUACUAACUGGAAAUAUUUCAAUUCUAAGAUACUAUCAAGGCUUGAGCAAAUCCUACAAUUGCCUUUCAAUACAAUAAUUUAUUGUAAUAUUAAAGACAAGUCUUGUCUAACUGCAGCUACUGGCCUGAGGUCGUGCAACGGAAUAAAUAAAUCAAGAAAUGGAAAAUUUAUAUAUGCAACUAGCUCAUUAGGUGGAGAAUUGAUCGCAUAUAAAAGAUUACAAGACAACAAAUUGGAAAUUGCACAGACGACACAUAUUCCGAUCUAUGUUGAUAAUUUAAGCGUUGACAUCGUAACUGGAGACAUAUGGGCAGCAGUUCUUGUGAAAUGUUUAGAGAUGGAGGAAUAUUUUAAGAAUCACAGCUAUCCAAUACCAAGCCAGACAUUGCACAUAACAGUAAACGAUGAGUUAGAGUUUCCAUUCACCAACACAAAGACAGAGCAGAUCUUUCAGUCGACCACUCAUGGUGCAAUCAGUACAUCACUCUACGUAUCCAGUCGAAGGCUACUACUUCUAGGAACUGUUCAUGGAGACAUGCACAUCUGCCACGUUAAUUAUUUGAUGUACUGAUAAUUGCGAGGGAAUUUUUUUUUUUGGCUUUUGCAUAGUAAUUUUAAUGCUGUGCAUGCAUAGAUAGUAUGCUGCUACA